AAAGCCCCAGGCAUUACUGCGUUAUCAUAAACUCAGAUUGGAAAGAGAUCAUUGUCAACCAUGAAGCCACGCAUUACAGGACUGUCGAUUUUUGCACUGCUAUCAGCGAUUCUAUCUGUAGCGAAAGCAGUCGAAUGUCCAGAUAACUGGAUAACCUUCCAUGGCCACUGCUACACAUUUAGCAUCAAUCAGACCAAUUGGUUUCAUGCCGCCAAAACAUGCCAUGACCUGGGAGCGCAACUUGUUAUCAUAGAAACUGACGUGGAAGAUGCGUUCCUCAAAACAACCAUACAGCACUUACAUGCUCAUGAUGACCCACAGACAGUUGGCUACUGGACGGGCGCUAACGACCUUGAUGUUGAAGGUCACUGGGUAUGGGGCUAUCCCAGCGAUAUCGUGGUACGUUAUACCGACUGGCACGCGGGGGAACCUAACAAUAACUGGGCCGGAAAACCCGAGGACUGUGUGGUUCUUUGGGGUCAAUUCAACUUUGGAUACCAGUGGAAUGACCAGACGUGCAGUAAUGUUGAUUACCAUUACAUCUGCGAACUAGGGCCCGGCUAUGAACUUGAAGUGGUGGGGUAGAUUUUCUGAAAUGUUGACAGAAAUUGUACAGAAACAAAUAAACAUGCCUUUACGUUA